UGUCACACACUGCGUCAGUCAAGCAGUUUCACUCAGGCUGUUAACUUCAGGAGCUCUUCUUUUCUGAGGAUAAUUUGUCCUGCUCACUUUGUCGUCGAUUCUUUUCUUUAGCUGCUGAUGUCAACACGUUUUAUUAAGAGGUUGACACUUUGUUGCUGAGCUAAAUCACCUGUGGAUUUUAUUUUUGCUUUUUACCUGUCUGACAUUUUUUUUUCACUCUUGGUAAAAAUGUCCCAUCCUAGUACUCUGGAUUUAGACAGAUACAGCAGCCUGGAGAAAUCUCGUCGUUCUACCAGUCGUAGCCAGCCCAGGACCCAGGCCAAGUACGGAGAAGGCCUGUGUGACUUCUGUACGACAAGGAAGCAAAAGGCUGAGAAGUCCUGCUUGGUGUGCCUGGCAUCCUACUGUGAGACCCACCUGCAGUCUCACUAUGAGUACCCUGCCCUGAUGAAGCACAAACUGGUCAAAGCUACUGGUCAGAUGAGGGAGAAGAUCUGUGCACAGCAUGAUAAGUUGCUGGAGGCUUUUUGUCGCACUGAUCAGACAUCGGUGUGUGUUCUGUGCAUGAUGGAUGAACAUAAACACCACGAUAUUGUCCCAGCUGGAACUGAGAGGACUGAGAAACAAAAACAACUCGGUACCACACUGCACAAAUCUCAACAGAGGAUUGACCAGAGAAUUAAAAAGUGGCAGGAUCUCCGACAAGCUGUUGAAUCAGUCAAACACUCUGCUCAAACAGCUCUAGAGGAGAACGAGCGCAUCUUCUCUGAGCUUCUGCUUUCAAUAGACAGGAAGUACAAUGAAGUCAAGGAGAUGAUCCGCUCCCACGAAAAGACCACUGUGACACGAGGGGAAAUACUGCUGGACCGCUUGGAGGAAGAGAUCACUCUGCUGAGGAAGAGACACACCGAUCUGGAGAAGCUCUCACACACUGAUGAUCACAUACACUUUCUACAGAGCUGGCAGUCUCUCUCGGGUCCUUCAGGAUAUGAAGACCUAAACAACAUCAGUGUCGCUCCCUAUUACUCCUUUGAUGCGACCAAGAGAGCCAUCUCUUCACUGAAAAUACAAGUAGAAGAAGUCAGCAAGACAGAAAUGAGCAAAAUAUCAGCAGCAGUGAAGGAAGUCUACAUCACACAAGAAGCUGAUACAAAGGCAAGGAGAGAAUCGAUUUUGAAGGAAGAGUUUAAGGCAAGAGACGAACCAAAGGCAAGAGAGGACCCAAAAACAAGGGAAGAUUUCAUGAAAUACUCUUGUCAGUUGAUUCUGGAUGUCAACAGUGUCCACCCCAACCUUCACCUCUCUGAGGGUAACCGAACAGUUACGAUGAAGAGUGAGACUAAGAACUACCCGGACCACCCAGACAGAUUUGAACACUGGCAGCAGGUGCUGUGCAGGGAGAGCCUGAAUGGGGCUCGUUGCUACUGGGAGGUGGACUGGAAGGGGACAGAGACAGACAUUGCCGUAACCUACAGGGGAAUCCGCCGUAAAGGAAAUGGCAAUGAAUGCAGUCUGGGUUGGAAUGACAAGUCCUGGAGUCUGUACUGCUCUGACAAAUUCUCCUUUGUGCACAACAAUAAAAGCAAAGACAUCCCAGCUCCAGUCUCGUCUCGUAUCGGCGUCUACCUGGAUCAUGCAGCAGGAAUACUUGCAUUUUACAGUGUCGCUGAUGGCAUGAAGCUUCUGCACAGAGUACAGACUACAUUUACAGAGCCCGUCUACCCUGCGUUCAGCGUGUGGGGCUUUGGCACGACUAUAAGACUUUAGGAGAGGAGCCAGAGUGAAAGUAUGUUGCUGUGAAAUUUCUGUGAGCGUUUGAUUAAUCAUUGUGUGACUAACAGUUAUAUUUUUCCUCUCGAGCUUUGAACUACUGUAUGAAUAUUUUAAGCAGUCCACCUUCUCUGUCUGCUGAUUGUUUUUUGGGUAACAAAAUGUCAGUUUUAACCACAAGAAUAUGCAAUACUUAAGUAUCGAGUUAAUUUUUUGAAGUCUCAUAUCUUUUUCUUUAUCAUGUUAAAGCAUGCAAUAUUUAGCAUUCCAUUAGCACAGAAAAUCUCAUCUGUAAAUACCAUUCAGCGAUGGAGAAACCCUGGAGGACCUUGAGAUUUUGGGAGUUGUUUGCUUGAAGUGACAAAUGUAAACAACUGGUUCAAAGUCUGAUAAUCAAUAGGAGAUUGAGAUAAGAUAGAAUCAAGAAGAGUACAAGUAUCAAUAUACAAAUAUCCAAAAAUACACAAUACCAAAUAAUAUAAACAAACUUGAUGGUAAGGAUUGCUAAGUAAGUUGCUUAAGUUAAGUUUUGGUCAGAUCCAUAUGUAUAUAUAUAUAAAAGAGAAAAAUGGAAAUCAAACCAUAUUUUUGAUUAAUCCUUCAUUCCAAUACAAUCUUGUAUUACGCCGCCACAUCUAUAUUGUACUAUAUUUUACUCCUUGUUGUCUACAUUGUAUUUUGUUAUUGUGUAAGCAUCUUGUAACCUUAUUAAGAAAAGAGCUAUAUAAAUAAAGAUUUUUAUUAUUAUUA